CCGCCGUCGACGCGCCACCCUCAGUUCUCUCCGGCGGUGCGGUUCUACACCCCCGACAUGCGUUCGCGUUGCGGCGCGUUUUUCGGUGCCGGCAUCGUGUGGUGCCUGCUCGUCCUGCACGCGCAGGACGCCAACGCUUAUCUCGACGUCUUUAUCACGCCCGAGGAAGUUAUGAAGUUAUUAGGACUUCAAGCGGAGUUAUAUUACGUCCGCGAGGGUGUCGUCAACACGUACGCACUUAAUUUCGUAGUGAUGAUCCCGGCAAACAUAUCAGAUCUACAAUUUUCUUGGCAGAGCUUAGGAAAACAUCCGCUUCCCUAUGCGCUGACGGUGACAUACGAUGGGGAGGCGGGUGCCAUGUUGCCUCCUCAGAUGAACAUCUCAUCCACUGGGAUGAUUCCAACCUCUGUUCAGUCAUUUAGGGUGCGUUUAUUAUGCACAGGCCUGAAAAGUGCUGAAACCGAAGUUCAGCUGUUGUUAAACGUCUCCACUUCGAAUCGCUAUCACAACAACACGUUCCUCCGCUUUCGACGCAACAAAAUAUGCCUGAAAGGCGUGCGACCGCCGACGGAGACGCUCCGCCUCGACCCGGACACACUCACCAGCUCCACGCACUCUCUCUAUGUGGCGGCAGCGUGUGCUGUUGGCAUGAUUGUUGUCGUCGUCGCCACAACUUCUACUAUAUGUAUCAAGGGGAAGAAAUUACCCACGCAGGAACCUAAUUACAUGUCAGCUGCAUACGACUGCAAUCAACAUGUGUUCGUGCGCCUUGGCACCGGAGGCGGUUCAACAAUCGGACGCACUCCCAGUGCCGACAGUGGAAGUUAUGCAACUAUCGCAAGUAUCCACAAAUCGCCACCCUCUCCAUCUCCGUAUGCAACCAGUGACGCUCUCAGAGUCUCCUAUUAUGCAUCUUCCCAAGUUAUGUUACUAUCACAGCUAGUACUGCAAGAUCCACGAACUUGUGACCCAACAGACCGAGUGCGCGCUCUAUCCGUGUCGGGGACUAGCAUCAGUCUACAAGAGGUCACACAAGAGGGCACCUUCGGACAGGUGUACCGAGGAAAACUGCGGCAGCAGGAAGCCGUGACGAUAAAAACCGUUACAGAUGCUGCAUCCAAAAUGCAAGUUUUAAUGUUCCUCGCUGAAGGAAUGAUGUUGUAUGGGAUGUCACACAAAAAUGUGUUGCCCGUCAUCGGGACUAAUGUAGACGAUUCAAGGAAACCCUUGCUUGUCUACCCAUUCAGCAAUAAGGGCAAUUUAAAGAGAUUUUUGGUGAAAUGCCGCCAAAGGGAUGAGGAAUUGUAUCCGCUAUCGACGCAGAGUCUCGUCGACAUGGCGAUACAGAUCGUCCUCGGGACGAUGUACUUGCACGCGCAGUUGGUGUGCCAUAAAGACUUAGCUACGCGAAAUUGUGUGGUUGAUGAUAAAUUAAAAGUGAGGAUCACGGAUAGCGCCCUAUCACGCGAUCUCUUCCCCGGGGAUUAUUCCUGUCGGGAUAAUGAGAAUCGACCGAUUAAGUGGCUCGCCAUCGAAAGUUUAGUGAACAAACAAUUUUCGGGGGCAACUGAUGUGUGGUCAUUUGGUGUGGUCCUAUGGGAAUUAACCACUUUAGCCCAGCAACCCUAUGAUGAAGUAGACCCCUUCGAAAUGGCAACCUGCUUAGCCAACGGCUACCGCCUCCAACAACCAGUCGGAUGUCCUGAUGAACUGUUCGCCGUGAUGAGCUGCUGCUGGCUGCACAAUCCGAACGAACGGCCCAACUUCGCACAACUGCUCGCCUACUUGCAGGACUUUCACACCGCCCUCGGGAAAUACAUUUAGAGUGUACGACGUUGAUAAGCAAACUUAAAAUUUUACUAAAAACUUUGUGUCAACAAUUUAUUUGUUUUUUGAAGAGAAAAGCGCUGAAAACAACACAAAUCAAAUGUUCUUGAGAAUAAAAACUUUAAUUUGUGACACCUGAGCGCUUAAUUCAUGAAAGUCAUGAAUGUAAAUGUGAUAACUUGUAUUAAUUAAGUAAAGUAAGUGAAUUUCACACAACUUUUACUGUAUACAUACCUAAUGUACUUAUGUUAAGUUAAAUUUAAAUUCAAAGUCAACGUGUUAGAUUUAUUUAUUUAUGUGCAGUAGAUAUUUGAAUAAGUUUCUCGUUAGUUCGGAAUAAGCAGGGUUUGUUUAAGACGUUUAAACAUUGUAGGCACAAUUAACUAAAUACUAGUAGCGUAAAUGUUUCGACGUGUUUCAUGUUUCAAGACUAUUGAGGAGAACGGGAUCAAAAAUUGUGACUACUGAUACAAUUAAACUACAAUUAAACAGUAAUUAAUUAUUAUUAAGUGUUAUAAAUUGUGAAUUGCGUCAAUUUGUAAGGAAAAACAACAAUCGACAACUUUAGGGCUUAGAAAAAGUCUUCAGAUACUAAAAUAUAAAAUUUUAGAACUAAAAUUAGUUGCGUUCGGUGUUUGUACCGCAACUCAAUGCAUUGGCCAAUAUUUCUGUAAUGAACACUGCCAAUUUUUUUAAAGAUACGAGUAGAAGCAAUUGUAAUCAAAUGAAUAAAUUUUAUUUGUUUCUCAAUUAAUGAUCGCUUUUCGCGUGCUGUGAGUGACGUUAAACUGAAAUUGCAAUUUCGAUUUGCGAGUUGCAAAGCGCAGAUUAAGUGGCAAUGAAAAGCACCUCGGAGAGAAUUAAAAACAGAAAGAAAAAACAAAACGCACUGACUGACUGAACAAUGAGCGCAAUUUUUCAGUUUAAUUAGAUGUUAAAUGUGCAUUUCCUCUCACUCUCUACAUGUUUCAACUUUACUUAUUAUGCAAUUACAAAGAAAUCUUCAACUACAAAAAAGAUUUAGACAAAUUUAUAAACGAAAAAUAUAAUAAAUUAUUUAUAUAAGAAAAGUGUACGAAAAAUAAUUUAAUGUGAAAGAUGAAAAGCAAAGGAAAAAUGUGAACAAGAUGUAUUUGUAUAAUGAAAAAAUAAAUCCGGUAAAUGUACGAAAAUAAAA